GGAGCGCUUUUUCUGUUGGCUGAGUUACCCGAGUCGGAAAUAAAGAGCGCUAAUGAUGAUAAUCUCCGCGCCCAGCGCCACGAGGCAGUAUUCAAACGAUCGUUCUCUCUCGUUGCAUCCCCCGGUUUUGCAUUCAAGUGUCAUCAUAAUGCUUGGGUCGGCGCACUAAGCAAUUUCAGACAGAAUCUCGGAUAUGGAGGGUCCCGAGUGGCUCUAUUUUCUGUUAUUAUUGCUUGCUUUGUACAGUGUAUUAUAACCCUGGGACUGUCUGAGCUAGCGUCCGCGUUUACUUCAUCUGUAGGCCAAUAUCACUUUGUCUAUAUAAUCGCACCCCAGAAGAACAAGAGAUUCGCUACCUUUAUGACAGGUUGGAUGUCUAUACUUGGAUGGUGGAUGAUAACAUGCUCCGGCUUGUCUCUUGUGGCCAAGGCAGCCCUGGGACUGGGCCAAUUUCUACAUCCAGACUUCGAGUUCAAACAAUGGCAUGAAUACUGCGUGUAUCUUUCUACUAUUAUUGUGACAAUUACACCUCUUCUCUUGUGCCCCAAGAAAAUACCACUCAUCACAUCCUGGUCUCUAUAUCUCGCAUUGUCCGUGUUUGCCAUUUUGUUUGUAACGAUUCUUGUCAUGCACCGGCAUCCAAAUGACAGGUCGGAUAUUAUCAGAUCUGGUCAAGGAACAAGUGGAUGGAAAAUAGCACCCCCUGGCUUCUCGGAAUUAUCAACUCGAUGUAUUGUUUUGGUGCCAGCGAUGGAGCAAUCCAUAUCGCCGAAGAAAUGCAAUCACCGGUUCCUCGACUCCCACAGAUCAUGUUAG